CAGCAAAAUCAAAAAAAUGGCCUGAAGCAUUAAGGAAGUCUUCCGAAGAUUACUGGGUUUCAAGGCUUGACCUUCAUCAGCACAAUGGAUCAGGAAAAAGAGCAACCUGCCAAGUCUUCCUAGCUCCUGGUUGUACAAAGUUCCUGAUCCCUCACAUAUCUCCAGUCAACAGUCCCAACUACACCUUCCCUCCUACUGAAAGAAGGAAGUCAACAAAGUCUAGCUCAAACCUGAAAUGUUACCAAAAACCCUGUAAGAAACUCCCCCUGAAAUUUUACAGUCAGCUCAGUGCACUGCACAUCAGAUUCCAGAUCAGAGGGAAGUUAUGUUUGUGUAGCUAGUAGCAGAGAUUUCACAAAUAAACAAACACACGUCUACAUUCAAGAUUAUACACACCGCGCUACACUGUGUGUAGAAGUAUAAACUCAAAAUGGCUGAUCGGUAUAGAAACAAUGCAAAUCUGUAUCAAGGGGCUAAGGACAUAGCUAGAGAGGUGAACCAGGUGUCAGAUGACUACCGGUAUCAGGAUGGCAACUAUGCACCUUCAGAUGGCUAUUACCAUGAUGGGAAUGAGCCAACCCAAGAAGAGGAUGCCCAGAGCGAUGCUACGGAAGGCCAUGAUGAGGAUGAUGAGGUCUACGAAGGAGAGUACCAGGGCAUCCCUCACCCAGAUGACAUUAAGGGCAAACAGAAGAAGAAAGCCCCUGCCAUGGCCGAUGAGUUUAGAGACAAGGCUGAGCUCAUAGCCGAGCGGAUGGAGGAUGAGGAGCAGCUUGCUCACCAGUAUGAGAACAUCAUCGAGGAGUGUGGCCACGGGCGCUUCCAGUGGAUGCUCUUCUUUGUUUUAGGCUUGGCACUGAUGGCGGACGGGGUGGAGGUGUUUGUGGUUGGCUUUGUUCUGCCCAGUGCUGAGAAGGAUAUGUGCUUGUCCAGCUCAAACAAAGGGAUGCUAGGGCUGAUAGUCUACCUGGGAAUGAUGGUGGGAGCUGUCAUUUGGGGUGGCCUGGCAGAUAAACUGGGAAGGAAGAAAUGCCUCAUCAUAUCACUCGCAAUCAACGCUGCCUUUGCAUUCCUCUCCUCCUUCGUCCAAGGAUAUGGAUUCUUCCUCUUCUGCCGCCUUAUCUCCGGCCUCGGCAUCGGGGGAUCCCUCCCCAUCGUCUUUGCUUAUUUCUCUGAAUUCCUAUCUCGUGAGAAGAGGGGGGAACACCUGAGUUGGCUUUGCAUGUUCUGGAUGAUCGGUGGCAUUUAUGCCUCUGCAAUGGCUUGGAGCAUCAUUCCACACUAUGGCUGGGGUUUCAGCAUGGGAACCAAGUACCACUUCCACAGCUGGAGGGUAUUUGUAAUCGUCUGUGUUCUGCCCUGUAUCUCUUCACUGGUGGCACUUAAAUUCAUGCCGGAAAGUCCACGGUUUUUGCUAGAGAUAGGUAAACAUGAUGAAGCCUGGAUGAUUCUCAAGCAAGUUCAUGAUACCAACAUGCGGGCCAAGGGGGAGCCAGAGAGGGUGUUUACGGUCGCCCACAUCAAAACUCCAAAGCAAAUAGAUGAGUUUAUUGAAAUCCAGAGCUCAACAGGGUCAUGGUACCAGCGCUGGUUGGUCAGAAUCAUGACCACAUUAAAACAGGUCUGGGACAACCUGUUGUAUUGCUUGACAGCCCAGUACAAGAUGAAUACACUGAUUCUGGCUAUGGUUUGGUUUUCAAUGGCCUUUAGUUACUAUGGCCUUACUGUCUGGUUCCCUGACAUGAUCCGAUAUCUCCAGAAUGAGGAGUAUGAAUCCCGACUCAAAAUCUUCCAUCAGGAACAUGUAACGCACGUCACCAUAAACUUCACACUGGAAAACCAGAUCCAUAGGAAUGGGGUAUUUCUCAAUAUUAAGUUUGCUAAGAUGAAAUUCAAAUAUGUGACUUUUGAGGACAUGCUGUUUGAGGAAUGCUAUUUUGAAGAUGUGACAUCCAGCGAGACCGUCUUCAAAAACUGCACCAUUAUAGCCACUGUCUUCUAUAACACUGAUCUUUAUGAAGACAAAUUCAUCGAGAGCAGGUUUAUAAAUGUCACCUUCCUGCACCAGAAGGAGGGAUGUCACCUGGACUUCGAGCAGGAAAACGACUUCCUAAUUUAUCUCGUCAGUUUCCUGGGUAGUUUGUCCGUGUUGCCUGGCAACAUCAUCUCAGCACUACUCAUGGACAAAAUAGGAAGGAUAAAGAUGAUUGGUGGCUCAAUGCUGAUUUCUGCAGUAUGCUGCUUCUUUCUGUUCUUCGGCAAUAGUGAAUCGGCGAUGAUUGGCCUGCAGUGUCUGUUCUGUGGGGCCAACAUUGCUGCCUGGAAUGCCCUGGAUGUGAUCACCGUGGAGCUCUAUCCCACCAGUAAAAGAUCAACAGCCUUUGGCAUCCUCAAUGGUCUCUGCAAGUUUGGUGCCAUCCUGGGGAACUCUAUCUUUGCUUCCUUUGUCGGGAUAACCAAAGUGGUUCCCAUCCUUCUGGCCUCCUCUGUGCUGGUUGCAGGAGGCCUGCUAGCCCUGAGGCUACCAGAGACUCGAGAACAGGUCCUGAUGUGAGCAAUUGGGCAGCAGGGAAAUGAAGAAGAGCUACAAAAAAGAGCCAUGUCUAGAAAAAUCAAAACGUCCAUUUAUCCUUUGCGGCUGAUACCUCAGCUAUGGGGGCGGGGGGGGAACAACCCCUAAUUUAAGACCACUUCCCAUCCAUGAUUGGCUCUUUGCAACCAGGGUACAUACACACUGCAGAACUUUGCUCAUUUGCUUUAGAUCCAAACCACACUAGGGAGAAACUGAGGAUCUGUCCUUCCCACGCAUGCAUGGGCAUAACUGACACAAAAUAUUAACAGGAGCAUUGUGUGUGCAGGCAUCAAAGGGGAGAACAGAUUCAAACCCUUAUAUGCCCUGGAUGAAUUGCAAGAAAACAUCUGCAUUUCCAAGCUGUUUCAGGCAAUUAGCACAAGCUGUCCUGGCUUGCAAAAGAACUGGAAGAUAGUUAACAAACCAACUCUGCUGAGGUUAGGUCUAGCUUUGGGGUCAAGAUUUCCAAACAUGACUAGUGAUAUGGAAUAUCUUGAUUUUGGGGGGCCCAAGCUGAGACACCUUUCGGGGGCCUGAUUUUUAGAGGAUAAGUGCUCAGUGCUUUCUGAAAAUCAGACCCUUUAUAUUGUCUCUAGCUGGGGCACCCAGAAUCACUAGUCAUGUUCUUGAUCUGGGAUUUUUGUUUAAAUAAAAAAUAUAUGCUAUUUCAAUUUCUAAUUUUAAAUCUCUAUAUUGUUCUCAUCAAGAAGAAUCUGAAUCUAAAACAAAACUAAAAGCCAGUCCCUCUAAUCCAAGACAUCCAGAGCAAUCCCUAGGAAGAGACAUGUCAUUCUUGUCCAGUCAACAGUUCUUUAAUGGUGUUGAUUUUAGAUAUUUCUAUAAUAGGGAUUUUUUUUCUGCCUAGUUCUGUUUAAGAGAAAUUGGCAUGAUGUUGGGGAUUCUGCAAACCAAAUGUGUAUAUAUUAUGCAGUGUAAAUAGGGGACAAUUUUUGUUUAAAGUCUAGAGUAUGGUAACUACUAGAAUUUACCAGCAUUUUAGCCAUAUUAGUUAAGGAAAAUGAUGUUUGAGUUUCCUAUAGAUUUGGGUCUUAUUGAAGCACUGUAAGCACAAUUAUUUAUAGCCUUGUAACCUGAUGUCUAGAGAAUGCACUUAGCAAACUUUCAUUGUACAGUAAAUUUAAUUGUCUGAUAAGUGGAAUAAUUAAGUUUUAAAUCCUGUAAAGAUCGUUCUUGGAAUUCCUAUAUUCCUCAUAUGACAUGACUUUGGCUUUGCCACACAACUAGACACAAAGUGAUACAGUAGAAUCUCAGAGUUUUGAACACCAGAGUUACAAACUGACUGGUCAACCAUAUACCUCAUUUGGAACCGGAAGUACACGAUCAGGCAGCAGAGACAAAAAAAAUGCAACUACUGUAC